AUGUUCGAUCCUGGAAAUUACUAUGAACUGAACGAGGAAUCGAGCCAACUCGCCGCCAUGUCAAGCGUCGCUUCCAAUGUCGCCGUCAUAGGCAGCGGGAUUUCAGGAACCGUGUGUGCAUCGAUUCUGGCAAAAAACGGAAUUUCAGUCACCAUUUUCGAGUCCGCUAGAGGACCCGGGGGCCGGAUGUCUCAGCGCAGAGAAAUUGCCGAAGAUGGGAGGGAGCUAUUAUUCGACCAUGGCGCGCCAUGUUUCUCGUUGAAUGCUAGCAACUCUGAGCAUGAGAUAAAAUGUAUUGACUAUAGAGAUGAAAUGAUAAAUGCCAAAGAGUUAAAAUCAAUAAUCGCUGUUUCUCCCGCUAAAGAUUUCCCCCAAAUAAUUUUACGAGCUUUUGAGGCUGUCUUAGUGUUGUUCCAUUGA